CGUUACGCGAAAAACACGUGCACGCAUUUUCACAUUAUUUCACUCAAAUCAAUAUUUUUCAAUUAUCUCUUCUGUCUAUACAGAUUUUGUAAAGACUUUUUAAAUUAUUUUUUAAACUUCCAUUUUCCUUCAUUUAAUAAUUUUUUAAAUUUACUUCUUUCUGAGAAUUGAAAAAUUUCCCCAAAACCAUAGGUGACUUUUAUCACAAUACAUUAAUUUUUAUUUUUUAUCACCCAAAAAAAAUUAUCGAAUUACUAAAUUCAUUAGACAGUAAUUAAACCAAUUUAAUUUAUUCAUAAUUAUUGUAAUUUACAAUCAAUUUUAUUCACAAUAACUACAAAGAUAAUUAAAUUUAUAAUUGAAAUUAUUAUUCGAAAUAAUUAACGACAUAUUAAUUACACGAUUGAAUCGAAUUUUGAUAGAGUUACUACUUGUACGUUGUUAGUAAAAUUAAUUAACAUAAAUAUUGUUAUAUACCAUAUGACCAUAAUUUAAUAUAAUAGAAAUAAAAUAUAUAUAGCUGCAGAUAAACCACAAUAAUUUCGAUUCUAAUUAAUAAUGGGACCAGUGAGAUAACAACAAAUUCAUAAAAUCACUAUAAAAAUUUUAAUAUAGUUUGAAAUAUUGUAUAAAAAAAUGUUUUAAAAAACGAUACGAUACAGUAAUAAAAUAUAAUAUGAUAGAAUAGUCAUUAUGUGUGUAAAUUACGCGGUAAAAAAAAUGUGGAGAAAUAAAUUAAUUUUAUUCAUAAUUGUCGUGAUAAUUGAAAUUAUUGUAGUUGAAGGAAGUAAUAGAACUUUCUAUCAGAAACGUAUAAAAAACAGAUUAUCCGCAAAGACCUUAAAGAAAGAUUUUAAAACAUUAAAAAAACAGGAGGGUGCUCUCAAACUUGUGGAUGGCGAUCGAGGCAUUUUUGAAGGAAAUGUGGAAAUUCUUCAUAAUGGAAAGUGGGGGAAUAUUUGUGACGACGAAUGGGAUGAAUUGGAGGCAAAAGUUGUUUGCAGACAAUUGGGAUUUGACAGAGCCCUGAGGCCAACUACAAACGGUCAUUUUGGACAGGCAAGAAGAAGAUUUUGGAUGGACAAUUUAUAUUGCGAUGGCACUGAAGAUGAAUUGGCGCAGUGUCGUUUUGAUGGAUGGAGUAAGACUGAUUGUAAGAGUGGCGAAGCAGCAGGUGUUAUCUGCAUGAACGACAAAGAGGAAAUCGCGUCAGAAUCAAGUCUAAAUUUUGUCCAAUUACCUAAGAUGAAAAUUAAGGAUCUUCAUCAGCGAGGGAUGGCCAUUCGAUUAACUGGAGGUCGUUCACCUAACGAAGGAAGAAUUGAAAUUAAUCUUGGAAAUCCGGAAGGCUGGGGUGUCGUUUGCGGGGAUGGAUGGUCCCUUUUGGAAGCGGGCGUGAUAUGUCGUCAACUUGGACUGGGCUACGCAGCAGAGGCAAUCGAGAAGAAUUUUUUUGGGGGACGAAAAUUUCCUAUGGUCAUUAGUGGCAUUGAGUGUCAAGGCAAUGAAAGGAAUUUAGCUGAAUGCCUACACGACAAGGUUGUAGAUUGUCCAGGUCCGGGAGAGAAUGUCGCAGGUGUUGUUUGCACGCGAGAAAUAGCGGAUCUCGUUUUUGAUCAUAUUGAAUUGAUGAGAACUGCUCAUUUGGAGGACAGACCUCUUUAUUGGUUACAGUGUGCAAUGGAGGAAAAUUGUGUUGCAUCGCGUGCAUAUAAAAUACAACGGGAAUCAGAUACAUGGCAUUUGGAGACAAGAAGACUUUUACGAUUCACGGCAAGAACAUUAAAUGCUGGUAAUGCUGAUUUUCGUCCAUCAAUUCCAAAACAUCUCUGGGAAUGGCACAUGUGUCACAUGCAUUAUCAUUCCAUGGAGGUGUUUGCGACCUUUGAUAUAAUUGACUCUCAUGGCAGACGAGUUGCGGAGGGUCAUAAAGCAUCCUUUUGUCUCGAAGACAAUCAAUGUAUGCCAGGGGUUCAACAAAAAUAUAAAUGUGCAAAUUAUGGCGAUCAAGGAGUUUCAGUAAAUUGCAGUGACGUUUACAAGUAUAAUAUUGACUGUCAGUGGGUUGAUAUUACCGAAUUGGAACCCGGACUUUAUACUUUCAAGGUUGCUGUCAAUCCUGAAUUUAAAGUGGGUGAAAUGUCGUUCGACAAUAAUGCCGCUGUUUGCCAACUUCUCUACACCGAAACCUUCGCUUCUGUUCACAGUUGCGUUAUGGCUCGACCAUAGAAUUUAAAUCAAUAUAAUAUGUAAUUAAUGAAAAUUUACUAAUUUUACUAAUUAAAUUAAUUCAAUUUAUUAUAGUGUUGCACUAAAACGAAUACGAGAGGCUUUAUUUUGACAAUAAACGUUUUUGAAAAAUUAA